UGUUAGACUUGUGUAACUAGUUCUUUUUUAUGUUUGGCCUUUAUAGAAAAUUCGGUUGGUCGAUGUCGAUCAUUAUAUUUACUUUCAAUACUAACUUAUUUUUAAGCAAAAAAUUUUUAUUUGUGUUAAUUACUUGUGCGUUAAACUGAACCAAUUCAUCUAUCAUUCAACUUAGAAUGUCUGAACUUCAGUCAUCAUUACUGUUAAAAAAACAAUUGGCAGAACUAAACAAGAAUCCAGUGGAAGGAUUCUCCGCUGGUUUAAUUGAUGAGAAUGAUAUAUUUCGCUGGGAAGUUUUAAUAAUUGGACCGCCAGAUACACUGUACGAAGGAGGAUUCUUUAAAGCUCAUCUUUACUUUCCUAAGGAAUAUCCGUUGCGUCCUCCUCGAAUGAAGUUUGUUACAGAAAUUUGGCACCCAAAUAUUGAGAAGAACGGAGAUGUCUGUAUUUCUAUUUUACAUGAGCCCGGAGACGAUAAAUGGGGCUACGAAAAAGCAUCGGAGCGGUGGUUACCCGUGCAUACAGUGGAGACUAUCUUGAUAUCUGUAAUAUCAAUGCUGGCCGAUCCGAACGAUGAGUCUCCAGCAAACGUAGAUGCUGCCAAGGAAUGGCGAGAAUCCUAUACCGACUUUAAACGCAAAGUUGCUCGCUGCGUCAGAAAAAGUCAGGAGGAGUGCUCGUGAAGCGGCCCGCCCUAUAUUUGUAUAUUUAUAUUAAACAUUUUAUACAUUAAAAGGAUUAACUUAAAUAUGUA